AUGGAAAAAAUGGGAGAAUUUGCACCCACAGGUAUAAGCGCUGAAGGAUUGCUUGAUCAUUUCAAAAAGAAUAAGAAAAUUGGUGUUGUGGAUGUCAGAGACACUGAUUAUGGCGAGUUUGGAGUGAUUAAAGGUGCAAUUCAUUUUCCUUACUUUUCAAUUACAGAUGCUUCAAUUGCAGAUCUCUUGAAAAACACACUGCUUAAUCAUAAAUACGAUAAAUUAGUCUGUUAUUGCAAAUUUGGAAGAGCUCGAUCAGUAAAUGCUGCUCAUGAAAUUUCGAAAGUAGCUCGAGAAUUAAAUAAAGAUGAUAAAGACCCUGUAACAUUUCUUAAAGGCGGAAUUACAACAUUUGUUAUGACACCAGGUACAAAAGAAUACUUGGAACAUACAGAUUCAUACACUUUUGAUAUAUAG